AUGUCGCAACAGAAUUUCGGCCUCGAGCGUAAGACUUGUCUUCUUCGUCUCUUCCAUAAGCUCCGUCCUUGGCUACCACGGCAGUACCCUUCGAUCCGCGAGGAGAUCAUCUCAGACAACAAAGCCCCAUCACCCAUGGGAUACGGAGAAAGUAAAUAUCUCGCGGAGCUCCUUCUCGACUAUGCCUCCAAGAGACUCUCCAUCGAUGCUCGCAUCGCGCGGGUCGGGCAAAUCGCAGGGCCAGUAAAAGGCCAAGGCAUCUGGAACGAGUGGAGGGUAAGCCAAGACAAGAUCGACUCGGUUCCUAUUGAUCUUCUUGCCGAGGUGCUUGUGGAUUUGUCUGUCAAUGCUGAAGUGCAGGAGGCUCCGACGCUAAUACAACCUGAGGAACCCGGCAAAGCACGUGUCUUUCAUCCGUUGAAUCCACAUCCUGUAGCUUGGGAAUCCCUCCUUCCAGCCAUUGUCAAUACCCUCAGUCAUUCAAAUGCCAGAACAAAUAAGAUCAACACAGUGCCAUUCCAAGCUUGGCUCCAGAAAGUUCGCGCAGAUGCUGAAGCGGUCGGCAGCGCAGACAUUGAGGCGAUGCUCAAAGUUAACCCAGCGGCUAAGCUGCUGGUGUUCUAUGAGAAGCUUGCUGAGGAAGGCAAGAACCUGGAGUUUGAGACAUCGAAGACCGAGGAGGCUAGUUCGAAGAUGAGGGUUACUGGAGAAAUACAGCCCGGAUGGAUUGAGCGCUGGGUAGGGGCAUGGUUGGCUGUUGGCAAGGAAAGGGCACCGGAAGUGCCUGAUGAAGAUUUGUGA